CAGUCUCGACGCGCGCUCGUCGUUACACGUUCACUUUGUGUGUUGAUUUAUUUCUCUACAAACUACAACAACAUGUCGGGUCGCGGCAAGGGUGGCAAGGUCAAGGGAAAGGCAAAGUCCAGGUCCAACCGUGCCGGUCUCCAGUUCCCCGUCGGUCGUAUCCACAGGCUUCUGCGUAAGGGCAAUUACGCCGAGCGUGUCGGUGCCGGUGCGCCCGUGUACCUGGCCGCCGUCAUGGAGUACCUGGCCGCUGAAGUGCUCGAGUUGGCCGGUAACGCGGCUCGUGACAACAAGAAGACCAGGAUCAUCCCGAGACAUCUACAACUGGCGAUACGCAACGACGAGGAAUUGAACAAGCUCCUCUCCGGCGUCACCAUCGCCCAGGGUGGUGUGCUGCCCAACAUCCAGGCCGUGCUCUUGCCCAAGAAGACCGAGAAGAAGGCAUAAAUCGCCGCCGCGUUUUCGCAUCAUUUAUGUAUGCUGCACUCUGCUGCUGUAUACAUAUUGAUGAUCGAGACACGACCGAACGAAACGUGUGUGCACGUUUCUUCAAACAAAAAGGCCCUUUUCAGGGCCGCAAUAUGAUUCUGAGUAUUUAUGAAAUGUUUCUUGACGAUUGACACGAGUGCAAAUCUCUUCUUACACUAUACAAUAAUAAAUACUAUCACUACACAAUAUAAUGAUUAAUUGAUUGUCUGAAAAAGUCGGCAUGAUGGUUAACAGACAAAAUAAAUAAAUGCCUAAUUAUGAGAGAGAGACAAAAUAUACCCGUACGUAAAUACAUAGGUAGAUUCGAGUUUGAGCAUGAAAAAUCCUUAAGAAAAAUAUUUUAGUAUUUAUAACGUGAUGCGAU